GUUUUAAAUAACAGUUAAGUAAAAUCUUGCUGUGUGUGGAAGAAAGAAAAGGUUCGAAAAACAGAUUUUUCAAGUGUUUACAUUUUGUAGUACCAUUGAAUUUACAUACGUUCGAUCAACACCAUGGCUGCAACAAUUAUAGCCAUUGCUGUGUCUACACUAUACAUUAUAUUUACGAGUCUCAUAGCUUAUUGGAUGAGAAGAUAUACCAACUAUUAUAUACGGGAUCCGUUUGUAAGGUCCCUAUUUUUAGAAGGCAUUGCAACCGGCGAACUUUGCGGAGUAUGUUUCGAAUUGAUAAUAAUUGCGGACAACUGGGGUGUUUCUAUGUAUGGCGUAUAUUUAUUUAUAUUGACGAUAUGGUGGUCCCUGAAUUGGGAAGACGCUACUGCGUGCCCCUACACGCACAUCGAAGACGUUGUUAACGGAACGAAGUCGGUGCGUGAUGCUUUCCUUUUGAUUUGGGCCGAACUAGUCGGCGGUCUUGCCGUGUUUAGAUAUGUUCAAUUACUUUGGGCACUCGAAAUCGUUUCGACGCACAAAAACAGAGCAUUCGAGGAUUGUACUACCGAUUUACAAGUACCCGUAAUAUUUGGAGCAUUUAUCGAAUGCGUGGCGACUUGUAUAUAUAGGGUGGUUUCGCGUGGUUUGAGCGAGAUAAAUUCGAAGAUCGGCAUUAUUAUUGAUUCUUUCAUUGGAACAACUUUGGUUAUCGCAGCAUUCAAUUAUUCCGGGGGCUACUUCAAUCCCGCACUGGCGACCUCCUUGAAAUACGGAUGUUUGGGAACUUCUUUCAUGGAGCACGUAAUAGUCUACUGGAUUGGUGCGUGCGCCGGUUCUAUCGCUUCGUUACGUGUUUAUAGGCUGCCGUUUGUUCAGCAGUAUGUUGAACAGUAUAAAGAGAAAACGUCUUAAGUCACUGACAAAGAGACACCGGGUCGUUGCUCGAGUUUGUUAGUUUUGUUUUUGCACGUUUCCGAUCUUUGUUUGAUUUAACUUCGUGUUUUCUGUCAGCCAUGCCACUCUACAAAGUAGUAUGUAAGUUUAUAACACGAUUGAACCUCUCAAUUGUUACAAAAAUCGCGUUUGCGCACAAACAUUUUACCUUUUAGACAGUCGCUCGGUUAGUAUAUACGUUUGUAAGACAGAAACGUUGUGACAUAUUAUAGGGUGAUGAUUGUGAUACAAUGAUAUGAGCUCAAAUUAGUGUACAGUUAUUUAUUGCGGACGAUAUAUAUUUACAUAUACACACACAUACGUAUGUGUGGGUGCGUGUAUAUAUAAUGUAUAUAAUUGUACAAAGAAAUAAAAGUUUUCUGUGUAAUUUUAGAAUAUUGUACUCUCAAGUGAUUCAAGGCGCUGAUAUUGGUUUAAAUUCU